UGCACUGGGCCAUCUUUGACCGAUGACGUAGGCGAGCUCGCGUUCCAAUAUCGCGAGAGUUAACCGCGCAUGCGCAGUAAGCGCCCAUCUGUCAAAAUGGCUUCUAUGGACAACAAUAACGCCGAUAGUUCAAAUAAUUACGAAGAUUCUUCGUCUGAUGAUGAAAACCCAUUGAAUUUAGAUGAUUUAAACAUACAGGCAUAUCGCUUUGAACCGCAGCGAGAUACAGACGACGAGAAUUCCGAAACUGAUGGGGAUACUGACGAAGAAAGUUUGCAAGAUCAUAAUAUUAUUGGAAAUGAUCGAGUUGGCAACGUUGGAGCCUGGUGCCUAUGCGGAUGUUGUUCAGAUAUGCAGAAAGAGAUUGACUGUUUAUGUUGCCGUGAAUUGGUUGCAAUAAAUGGAAAGGAAAAUAACGAACAAAUUCAGCUUGAUUGCAUAUGUAACCACCCGAAGUUCUCUACCCUCUGUCUGGAUAGAGAUGUUUUGGGAGUAGCAGCCAUAACUGUAUCUGCAAUGAUGGGAACAUUUCUACCAGUGCCAGUAACUGACACUUUUUUUCGGUUGACGGCAUAUAGACAAUUUACGCUGUGGAUCUAUGGCAAAUUGGGUCGACAUAACAGAAGAGUGGUGCCAGCUUGUGUUGUAAACAAGGUUCGCCUACAGUUCCCUAACCUUGAUGGAAGAGACAAUUUUGUGGGGUUCGAAGAGGCAAACUGAGAUUACUAUUA